GUGUUGAUUCACUAUCAAAACGGGGAAAAAAGAGACAGAAUUAUUAAGACAGAGGUGUAAAUAUAGAGCAAAAUAAAAAAAUACCGUCAUUUUGUGUGCUUACGCCGAUUUGACAGUAUACAAGCAUUUCAUAAAUAUAUAUCGUAUUCGUUGCUGGCAUUCAAUUCAGUCGUACUAUGUUUUUAACGCGUAGCACUUGUUUUCUAUUGCGCAAUUCGAAUCGUUUAUGUGAACAGUUUGUGUCGGCGGCUAUUUUAAAUCAAACAACCAAUCGAUUUAUUUCCAUUUCCAAAGUAAACAUGAGUGCCGAAACACCAGAAAAUCCACAAAGCGUCUAUGACUUCAAGGUGAAAGAUACGUUCGGCAAUGAUGUGUCGCUUGAUAAAUACAAAGGCAAAGUGUUGGUCGUUGUAAACAUUGCAUCCCAAUGCGGACUCACCAACACCAAUUACAAGGAGCUCACUGAAUUGGCCGAAAAAUACAAAGAUAAAGAUGUAAAAAUUUUGUCGUUCCCAUGCAAUCAGUUUGCAAACGAGAUGCCCGAAAAAGAUGGCGAAGAAAUGGUGUGCCAUUUAAAGAAGGCCAACGCAAAUGUUGGUGAUGUUUUCAAGAAAGUUGACGUGAAUGGUGACAAUGCCGCACCAUUGUACAAAUUUUUGAAGCAAAAACAAGGCGGUUUCUUGGGCGAUGGCAUCAAAUGGAAUUUCACCAAAUUUUUGGUUGACAAAAAUGGAAAGCCAGUUGAACGUUUUGCACCAACCACAUCACCAAAAAGUAUCGCCUCAAAGAUUGACGAACUUUUGAAAAAUUAAAUCGCUUGAUUCCUUUACUCGCUAGAAUUUAAGAUUUAGAUUAGCUCAUCAAAUAUUGGACUUAUGUAUUUGUAUGCCAAAGGCACUUCAAUAAAAUUGAUAACAAACAUUUAAUGAGAGACAAAUGAA